GUCAGUUAAAAAUGUAAACGCCUGAUGUGUCAAUUGAUAUUUUUAUUUAAAAAAGUGAGAUUAAAGAAUGCUUAAAAAAUAGAUUCAGUGUGUGGUUUAGCUAUAAGUUAUGCCUUAGUAUAAUCGAUAUGGUUAGGUUUCGUAAAGCAACCUAUUAUUUAUCUUACUUAUUAGACCAACGAAUUGGGCAGAGAAGUUUAUUAAACUUAGGUUAAUAACCUUCUAAGAAUGAUCAAUUUUCAAGGUUGAUAUUAAAAUAGUAAAGAAAAAUGUAUUGAUAUAAAUAGUGAUAAAUUUCAAGGUUGUGCAAUACACAUAUGAUGCAUUUAUGUUUUCGCAUUUAAUAGUUUUAAUGUAAACAAAUAGUAAACUGCAAUGAAUAGUUUAAACAUUUCUGCAUUGCAAAGAAAUCGCGAUGCAAUUGUCUCAGAUUUGGUCGUCAAUGAUGUUAUUGAUAAGCUGAUUUCCAAAUUAGUUAUAAAUGAAGAAGACAAAGGACUCAUAGAUAAAGAGAACAAUGAUAAAGACAAAGCAAGACAAUUAUUAGAUAUUUUAGCAAAUAAAAACAAUAAAGCCUAUGAAAUAUUUCGUGAAGUACUUGAACCAGAUUAUGAGUGGUUAGCUAAACUUUUGGUAAUAAAUACCACUUCAGAAUUAGUUGAAAGUAUACAACAAGAUGCUCUUACAAUUGGUGGAGUUCCAAGAGAUCCUCCAUAUUAUGUGGAGAGAAAAGACAUACUUAAAACUGUUAAAAUUGGUUUGCUGAACCUAAAAAGAUCACAAUUUUUGCUGCUACAUGGAAUGCCUGGUUCAGGCAAAAGUUGUCUUGCACAGUCUGCAAUAUGUGAUAGUGAGAUCUUGAGCAAAAUGACAAAUAGAGUAUACUGGUGUAAUGUUGGGGAAUGUACAACUACGGAACUAAUACAACAGCACCUCCACAGAUUGUAUCUGAAAUUGCAGUCAGAGAUGUCAAAUCGAACAAAUCGGCCCAUUUCCGUAUUGAUGUCUGAAAAAUUGGAACAUAUUCAUGAUAAUUUAAGAUGUUUAUUCACACGUGAUGAGUUUAGAGAUGCAUUAUUAGUUUUAGACGAUGUUCUUGAUUCUCAUACCUUAGAAAUGUUUGAUUUUGGAUGUAAAAUGCUUAUUACAAGCAAAAAUAAGGAGAUUUUCAAUAAAGUCAAUAACAAAGAUGUACAAGUUAUUGAUGUGAAAGCAUUCACAGAAAAUGAAAGUGUUCAAUUAUUUUCAAAUUGUAUGAAUACUAAAAUUGAUACAUUAAGCAUGGUACAGCUGAAAAAUCUAAAAACAAUUCAUAAUCUAUGCCGUGGACUGCCAAUGAUUAUAGCCUUAAUUGGAGGGCAACUCAAACUUCCUUAUAGUGCUGAAGUUUCUCGUAUUGAAAGAAUGGAAGAUUGUAUAAAGCGAUUAAGUAACCAUGAUGACUUUUAUAAAUCUAAUCAAGUGAUAUUUUCUGUAAUUGAUAUUUGUGUAAACAAUUUGCCAAAAGGAAUCAAACAGAAAUUUCAGGAUUUAGUUAUAUUUUUAGAAGACGUCAAUGUUCCUACAUGUGUACUUCAACUCUUGUGGGACGAAACUAAAUAUUCUGUGGAGGAUAUUAUGACAGAACUUAAAAAUAGAUCUCUAGUAUUAGGACAAAUAAAUCCACAAAACAGAGAAUUUGUAUUUGGUUUGCAUGAUCUCUUACAUGCGUAUCUCAAGGAACGUUUGUCAGCUGCUGAAAUAAGAAAUACUCAUAUUAAAUUGAUAGAUGCAUAUCGCAAGAAAUGCAAUAAUGAUUUUUCAAAGCUACCAAAUGAUAAUUAUAUUUAUUCAUAUCUGGCAUAUCAUUUUGAAGAAGCUGAACAAUCACUGCCCGAUAUCUAUUUAGAUUUAAACUUCAUUGGUGCCAAAAUUAGAGCAACAACUGCUGCUGAUUUGCUAACUGAUUUAAGAAAAUACAGAGAAAAAAUUAUAAAUGGGGAUAAAUUAAGAAAAUCUCAAUUAAAUGAAAUGGAAGAAUUUGUCAAAGAUUGUGGUUAUAAUUUGUAUAGAUACCCUGAUUUGUGUGUAAUUCAGUUAGCUUUAUCUUGGAGAACGGGUUAUUUAAAAGCUUUAGCCUCAGAUAUUGUCAAGAAGAAAACAGACCGUUUGUUUGUAGAUAUUUGGUGCAAAGAAAAAGGGCCACCUCAUCCACAAAUUUUAGAUUUAAAUUCAGUGCCGGUUGUAGCUAGAUUUGCAAUUGACACAAAUCAAAUACUAAUUGGAUGCAGUGAUGGGGCUAUUGAAAUGUGGGAUUUAAAUUAUUAUCGUUUACGAGCGAGAUUUGACGGACAUAAAAAGCCUUUAAAGUGCUUGAGAGUAAGUCCCACUUGUGAAAAUUUUGUUUCAUUAUCUGAGGAUGGUGAAAGCCGUUUAUGGAAUAUACCAAGUACUUUAUCUCACAGUAAUAGUUUUGCUAAUGGUACACCAAAUGGUUCCCCAUCACCUAUAAUUAAGCAAAAACAGUGGAGUAGUUUAUAUGAUACAGACGCAUCAAAAUUUUCAUCAUUGCAUAUUUUUGAAUCUGAUUCUGAUAAAAAAUUUAAACUUGUCUCUUAUUCUAAUAAUGGAGAG